AAGUAUAUAAAAACUAGCGAAAAACAUAAAUAUAAUAUUAGUAUACUUUUAUACAAGCGUUGUUUCACAUUACGUGUGAAAAAAAUUUGUAUAAACAUAAUAGAGUGAUUAAAAAAAUGGCGGCCAAUAUAUUCUUAGAUUUACCCGGAGGUCUUAAGAUGCCGGCUCUUGGGUUUGGAACUUGGCAAGCCAAAAACGAGCAAGAAAUUAAAGACGCAUUAAAUACUGCUCUUGAAUCUGGUUAUCGGCAUAUAGACACCGCCUUUGUAUACGAAAACGAAAAAUUCAUUGGUGAAGUAUUAAAUCAGUGGUUUGCUUCCGGAAAACUAAAACGUGAAGAUGUAUUUAUUACAACGAAAUUACCAAUGCAAGGUGUGCAUCCUGACAGAGUGGAGACUUUCAUGAAGAAAUCUCUCGAAAAUUUACAACUGGAUUACGUGGAUUUAUAUUUAGUACAUUUUCCUGUUGGUUUCAAAUGUGACGAAAGUACACUACGUCCGAAACUGGACGAUAAAAACCAGAUGAUUCCUGAAUCUAAAACCGACCAUUUGGGUAUUUGGAAGACAAUGGAAGAACAGGUGGAUGCUGGCCGCACAAAGACAAUAGGUUUAUCAAAUUACAAUAUUUCUCAAAUAGAAACCGUAUUGAAAGGUGCCAGAAUAAAACCGGCUAAUUUACAAGUGGAGCUUCAUGUUUACUUGCAACAGCGCCAGCUUGUUGAUUUUUGCCACAAAAACGGUAUAACUGUAGUAGCGUAUUCACCAUUGGCGUCACCUGGUUACAAUAAGUUUCUGAAGCAACUAGGACGAGAGGAGAGACAACUACCAGACAUUUUAGGCGAUGCAGUUGUUGCUAAAAUAUCUAAGAAACAUUCCAAAACUCCAGCACAAAUUGUACUACGAUUUCUUAUUCAACGAGGAAUUGCACCCAUUCCAAAAAGUGUAACCGAGAAACGUGUUAAGGAGAAUAUUGCAGUGUUUGAUUUUGCUCUUAGCGACAGUGAUAUUAAGGAGCUUCUUGGUUUAGACGUCGGUGAAAAAGCUAGAGUUUGCAAUUUUAAGCUGCUUGAAAGUCUUGAAACUCAUCCAGACUUUCCAAUGAAGGGUUAGUGUGCAUAUUUUAUGACAAUUGUAUUAUAUUAUACAAAUCAACAGAAAAAAAUAUAUAUACCAGAAUGUUGUAAACAAAAAAUGUUUUUUUUUUGCUU